UAUUUCAUACAGAAUCGUUAAAAUAGUAGAUCCAUGAAUUCUUAAAUGCAGGCAUAGAGUUUUCUUUUCCUUGUUUUAAGUACGAAAGUUGUUUACUAUAUCCACCGUUGUCGUGCCUGCCGCCAGGCUCUGUAUUGGAAACUUUAUGAAAUCUGUUAUGAAUUUGGUUUUCACCUAUCAUCGAGGGUCAGAAUAUGACGUGACUUUAUUUUGAGUUUACUAUCCGCAUUCCCAUUUAACUUUUGCAAUGGAUUGUGCAGUAAACAAAGAAACUACUGCAGAUUGUAGCACACCAGAUUUAAAACAUGAUGAACCUGAGAAACAGACUCUGGAUUCCAAGCUUGGUCCAUCAGAACAAAAAAACUCUGAGUCAGAUCAAGCGUCGCCUCUAGGAGAGGAUUUUGUUUCCAAGCAAGAUCCUGAUGAAUCACAACAGAAAACCUCCAAUUUAUUGCAAUCUACAAAUGAAGAACUCUCAAUUUCCAGUCGUCACUCUUCCAAUAAUGUAGUUGUCAAUUUAUUGGAAGGAAAUAGUUUGAAGCCAGUUGCGAUUGAGCAAAAUCUAGAAGUACCGAAGACUGUUCUAGAUAAUGAUUCAAAGAAAGAUGAUAAUAUUGCCAUUUUGCCCCCUCAAGAUGAGGAAUCAGCAAGCCACAAAACUUCUAAGUCACACUAUUCUGGGGACAUUUCAAAGACUGAUAAAGAGACUGAACCUACUCUACAAAUAGUACAGACUGUGUCCUUAAAUACUAAAUGCAGUAAAGAAUUGGUUUCUGAUUCUGAAACAAAUGCUGCUGUCAAUUCCAUUUUAGAGCAACCUGCUUCUGAGAAUGAGGAAACUCUGGUGACCACUGAAGGAAGCUCAAGGAUCGAGCUCAAGGACAAAACUAUAUCAACAAAUGAGGAUACAUCAGUAAUUCAUUCAAAUGAUGAAGAGCAUGUGGAAAAAAAUAAUUCUGAUGGCCCUAAGGAAAUAAGUAAUAUUUCAAUGGAAGAGGAAGAUGAGAUUCGGGUGUUAUCUGUUGAUGCGCCCUCAAAAAAAACAGAAAAUGAACUCUUUCCAAUAACUAAAGACUUGGAAUUGACUGUAGUUGAAUCUGUGUGCAAAGACAACUCAGAUAUUGCAUUAAAUGCUGAUGUGAACAAAUCUACUGGUACUCCUGCAACGGGGGAUCUCAAAACGGUGGUUGAAAGUAGCUCAUCUAUGUCGAUGAAAAGUUCAGACAUUGAUCAUAAAUCUACUGAAAAUAAGUUGCCAGAGCCUAGAGUGACAGAAACUGGAAACAAAUCAACUACAGCUGAUGGUGAAGAAGAAUUAUGUAUUGUCCCUGACACUGAGCCCCGUGUUCCUACUGAGCAGGAGAAGGCAAAUGCAUUUGAAAAGGCAAACAAAUCUUCAGGAUUAGCUGAAGAAGUAGCUGAGAUUAAUGAAAAGGACAAAUGUUCCUCAACACUGGCUUCGGAUGUACCAAGGUCGAAUGAAAAGUGUAAUGAAACAGAAGAUAAAAUAGAGGAAGAAACUGAUUCAGGAAUUGGCUCGGUUCCUAAAGCACGAAAGUUUGGAAUUCAACUUGUAUCAACAUCUUCUCUUGUUUCAAGACAGGCACUUGCAGAAAAGGAGCAGCAGGAUCAGACUGAUGCACUUCUAUGUUCUACUGCACCAGAUGACAUGCAAACUGAAGAGGGUGGAGAACACACAUGUGCUGUUUGCGGAAAGUUAAAAAAAUGUAAAUAUCACCUUCAACUUAAAAAAAUUCACCUCUGUGAAGAUGCGUGCUAUACAUCGUAUAGGAAAGCAAAUGAUCCUCCACCUGUACCUCAACCCCCUAAAGCCACAAUUCGCCCACGUAAAUUAGACCGAACGUACGUACAUAAGUGUGGCCAAUGUUUGAAGAAAGUUGAUAUGAAGUUGGAAAAGACUUUAACAUGGGAAACUAUGGAUUUUUGCUCAGAGGAUUGCUUAGAAAAAUAUCAAAAGAGUUUUGGAUCUCACUGUGCGAACUGCAAAAAACCUGUCCAAUCAGCAAGUCUUGGAAAGUAUUGUGUGAGGUUUGGUUAUGAUAUGAAGCAAUUCUGUGAUGCCCGUUGCUUGGAGGAAUUUAAGAAAGGCCUGAAAGUUUGCUCAUAUUGCCAAAAAGAUAUUUCAGCUGAUACUGAAGGGUUUCUAGCACCUGUUGGAGACAAGGGUCAAUUUAAGGACUUCUGCUCACAAGAGUGUAUGGAAAAAUAUGACCAAAUGAGUCACAACACUGUAGCACCUGAAAUUACUUACGAAUGUGCUGUCUGCAAUAACAGUAAACCUGUGAAGGUUGAAGUAUUAAUUGAUUCUAAGGUUCAAAAACUUUGUAGUGAACCUUGCUUUGCAGCUUUUAAAUUUGCCAAUGGUAUAGUUGCAGAUCAGUGUGACAUGUGUAAGAAGUAUUAUGACCAUAAUCGUUCUGAGAAUUUUACUGUGUACUAUGAUGAGGCGCCUCAUAGUUUUUGUUGUAAAACAUGUAUGAAUGUAUACAUUCUAGCAAAGCGAAAAAUUGUUCCUUGUUCUCAUUGCAAGGUUAAGAAAUAUAAUUUUGACAUGAUCAAAAAGACAACAUUGAACGGUCAAGUGGUUUUGAUGAUGUGUUCUCUGUAUUGCUUAAAUUUGUAUGGGUUAUCAUCUUCCAUGAUGAUACACUCUGUUCCGAAGAAGACUGGGUGUGAAUUUUGUAGUUCUUCAUCACCAGCACAGUUUCACCUAACCAUGUCAGAUGCUUCUGUUCGAAGUUUUUGUUCCUCAAAUUGUGUUGUUAGUUUUCAAGGGAAAUACCAAAAUAAGGCAGAGAAAACUCCAUAUCCUCUUGGUGCUCCACGGAAAAUAUUCUCCAAAAAAAUUAGUGCCAAUGUUGAUGAUAAGGACCAUGGUUCAAAUAUCUUAGGUUCUAUGCCAGUAAUCUCAUCAGUCACAUCAUUGGCUCCAGCCUCUGGAUCAGUUCCACCGCUUUCAGCUUCAUCAUCCAGCAGUAGUACUGUCAAGAACACUGCUACUGAAACAAUUGUCAAAACAGUGUACAAGCAGCACUACAUUGUUAGACCUCCAGUCCACCCUGAGAUGACUAACUGUGCUGUUCAAGUUAAACCUAAGACUGCUUCAAAAGAGGUGUCUUGUCAACCAGAUACCUGUACUGUAGGAACCCAGACAGAUGACUCCAUGUCUAAGCCUUUGUUCAUCCCUGUACCCAUUCCUAUUUUUAUUCCUGCUCCAAUGCAGAUGUACACUUCUCCAUAUCCUAUUCCAGUCCCCAUAGCAUUGCCAAUUCCAGUUCCAAUUUUUAUUCCAACAACAAGGAAUUCUUCUAAAGGAAUCUUGAAAGAAAUAAAACGAAUUCAAGAAAAAAUCCCCUCAGACCCAUAUGAAGCUGAGCUGCUGAUGAUGGCUGAGAUGGUAGCUAAUGACAAAAAGGUUGAAACCACUGACUCGGAGAGUGAUGAUGGUGAAAAUAAAGCACCUGAUGUUGAAGCAACUGAUUCAGGAACUGCAGCCGAAGCUGAUUUUAGCCCAGAAAAUGGGACUAAUAAUACAUUUGGGAAUGAGGUACUACAAAUGGCUUUAAAAAUGGUUUCUGAGUAUGACGAACCUGCUGUUGACUUUGAAACAUCUAGGGCUUCAGAUUCUGUUUCACAAACUCCUUCAAAGCCAGCAAAUGAAGACAAAAAAGAUUCUGAAAGAGAUGAUGAAGAGGACAUAGAGCGGAAAACAAAAUCCUCACGGAAAAGAUCAUUGCGGCAAAGCUCUGAUAACCUCCAAAGUGUGAAAUCCAAACGUUCAAGAAAAUCUAGUGUCUCUGAUCCUGCAACUACUCCAAUUAAAACAGAACCAAAUAUUGAUCUCAUUGUUCCCAAAACGGAGCCUGUGGAGAAGCCAGAUGCACACAUGUGCUUAAAGUUCACAUUAGGUGCUAAUGCUUGGAAAAGUUGGGUCACACACAAAAAUGAAGAACUAGUGAAAACAGGAGGUGCUUCAAAAAAUGUUAAACUCCUUAAAGAAGAUAUACUUCAACUCACAGCAGAUGAGCUUAAUUACUCACUUUGUCUUUUUGUUAAAGAGGCGCUCAAUCCUAAUGGACAAGAGUAUACUCCUGAUACUUUAUACUAUCUGUGCCUUGGUAUUCAACAGUACUUAGUAGAAAAUGGACGAAUAGAAAACAUUUUUAGUGACCCUUAUUAUGAAAAGUUUACCACUUGUCUUGAUGAUGUUGUUAAAAAAUUUGCAGAUUUUAAUAUUGACACUAACAUUUUAGUGACUCGAAUUAAAGAAGAGCAUCUGUGGGAAAGUAAACAGCUCGGUGCUCAUUCGCCAUAUGUUUUACUUAGCACUUUGAUGUAUUUUAACACAAAACAUUUUAAUCUAAUGAGUGUUGAGGAACACAUGCAACUUUCAUUUUCUCAUAUUAUGAAGCAUUGGAAGCGUCCACCUAAUGUUGUUGGUCCUCAUAAACCCGGUAGUCUAAGACAUGUUGUCCUGAGGUUCUAUCCUCCACAAUCUGCAUUAGCUGCUAAUUCCAAAAAGAAGAAGGUUUAUGAGCAGCAAGAAGACGAGGAGAACCCAUUAAGAUGCCCAGUGAAACUAUAUGAAUUUUACUUGUCGAAAUGCCCUGAGAGUGUUAAAACACGCAAUGAUGUGUUUUAUCUCCUUCCUGAAAGAUCUUGUGUGCCUGAUAGUCCAGUAUGGUAUUCCACAAUGGCUCUUGGUCAAGAACAGCUUCAUAAAAUGUUAAAUAGAAUCAGAUUGGUGAAAGAGAUUGUGAUGCUUUAGGCUGUUUAAAAGAAGAGUUAGUUAUGCAUGAAUGGGAACAUUACUUGUCAUUCUUUUUAUACCAAAUCUGACAUAAGUUAUAUUUGUAAUAACUACGUAUUAAUAUCAAUGAAAGUGAAAUUUGUUACUGCAUCAUUCUACCAUCACAAUUAUUCUCAAUAAAGAUACAAUACCCUAGUAUCAUUUAUUCAUUAGAUUAGAAAAAAAUUGGGGUUGCAAUUUGUCACAAUUAGUCAAACAUAUGGUAUGAACUCAGUCACACAAGCAAGUGGCUGUCGUCUGACUUAGAAUGUAAUCAUUGGUUGUGUAGCACCUUAAACCAAAACCUAAAUCAUGCACCACUGAGGUAUUUUGCCAUACAUUAUUUCAAUUCCAAUCUGUCAAGCUAGAAUUAGGGCUGUGUAAGUGAGUGUUAUUCUGUGAUUUUUCAUAGUAAUUUUAAAUGUUUUUAUGGUAUUGUAGACACUCUUAAGAAUAUCUAGAAAUACUUAAUUGUUACUUCAUCCUUGCUGAUGUUUUUCUCUUGGUUCUGUUCUAUAUACUGUAAAUCUUGUUUGGUGAGAAAAUAUUGCUGGUUUAAUGUAGUGUUAGCAUAAUGUAAUACUGUCUUCUCUGCACUACAUGAGUUGCCACCUUAAUUUUCAAUUUCAGACGUGGUAAAUGGCUGUUCAAUAAAACAAUUUGAGGAACCUAUA